UAAUUAUUUACCUGACAGGUGCCUGAAAUGUAAUUGACGUAAUAUCUAAUGAUGGUCCAGCAGUAUUGGCCUUGCAAGGAUGAGUAUUAUGAGUCUCUGAAGACAUAUCAAAGAUGUGCAGGCAAUUAAUGUAGAUGUUAAGCCAUCUGGUGAAACACUUUUUACAUGCCUCAUAAACAAGAGAAGAAAAACACAUACACUGGGAAAAGAUAUGGUUAAAAGCUAUAAAGUUGUGUUUUUUCCAUUGUCUGUAAUGGUUCACCAUAUUGAAUAUGGAAUGCAGGAUGUUUUCACGUAAAGCACUGUGUGGAAACUGUGAUGUAUUAGAAGGAAUGUAAAGAGAAUAUUGUGUAAAAGUUGGAUGAUAAGCUGAGACAGAUAAAACAAACCAAGCUGGUUUAUUAUCAGAGUGUCCUAGAUUAACUGAGGACAGUGAACAGUUUAAAGCAGUGCUUAACGGGGGUUUUGUUUUAGGACUAUCAAAGUGGAUAAUGUAAAUUAAACUGACUAUGUUGAUGUAUGGAGUGGAAUUAUUCAUUUGGAAGUAAUUAGUUUUGUGAUAAUUAGCUGUAUAUAAGAAAUAAAGAAGACAUGGUGAUUGAACAGCAGAGGCUUCUUGCAAAAGCCCUGUAUGACAACAUAGCUGAGUCACCGGAUGAGCUGGCCUUUAAACGAGGAGAUGUUAUCACAGUUCUUGAGCAAGAGACCGGCGGACUGGAGGGGUGGUGGCUUUGCUCUCUUCGUGGUAAACAGGGCAUUGCACCUGGAAACAGACUUAAAUUGAUAACAGGACUUGUAGCCAAUCAUGUACGAUCUCAUACUGCAGAUUUCCCAUCACUGGCCAAUCAAAAAGCAGAUCAGGAAUGGAACAGACGUAGCUGGGAUGGAUCUUCAAACAAGGUGGUGACACCAAAUCGUCAUGGAGAUCUGUUUUUAUAUGAGCAACCAGCCGGAAGUCAACCUGACUAUGAUGUUCCCCCUACACGCUACCAAGGCGUAAACAUGUAUAACCAUACUGGUAGUAACCAUUCUUCAAGAGAAGAUCUUCUGAAUGCGUCUGCUUCUAGUUUUGAACAGUCAUUUUAUGAUACACCGCCACAGGGGCGGAGUUUCAAUAGAUCUCAAGACUUGAGUAUGUAUGAUACACCCCCAUCUCAUCUAGACCCAUAUGAUAUGCCAUCAGGAUCAGUAAGAACUAGUCUAUCAUCGAAAUUUUCUGAUGAGUCAAUGAGUUUAUCUAGUGGGUUGUCAAACAGCAAAUCAAAUCCACCUAGCAUGUGUGAUUCUGCACGAUCUAGUAUGGACAUUUCUCCUAUGGAUAUGUACGAUGUUCCACCCUCACAACGAGAACGAGAAGCCAGAGAAGCAAAGGCCGCAUUGUAUCCUAUACGUUCCUCAAAGGAUUCUGGACUUGACAUGUAUGACUCGCCUCCAAAAUUGAAAUCACCACCUUCAAUGGUUGAUGAUUACGAUGUACCAAAAUUAGCGGCAAUUAAUAAUGAAAGAGAAAAUCAGUUUAGAAACUUGAAAAUUCCAAGAUCUGAACCAACUAGUCCAGGAGACUUUCUCGACGAUUAUGACGUUCCUAAAAAGUCACCAUUUGCUUUAAGCAUGGAACAAAAGAGUUCAUUAAAGUCUGACCUUUCUCAAUCUGACCUUGAAGACUAUGACGUCCCUAAACAAAGUCCACAUCCUGUGAUUGGAAAGCCACCAAUUGCAGCCAAAACAAAAAGACACAAAUCAAAUUCGAUUGGAUCUCUGUUGGAUGAUUAUGAUACACCCCAAAGUCGUAGGGUUGAAAAUGUCAGCAAAGAUGAUAUGUUUCUGAGUCCAACGAAAAGCAGGUUAGCUCAGGACAUUGACGAUGAUGUGAAUGAUUAUGAUGAACCUGAUGCUCAGACUUCUUAUAAUUCAGUUGAUAAACCAAAAUUUCAACGACAAGAACACGCUGUUGAUGAUCUUUAUGAUUCACCCAGAAAUAAUGCCCCUGUAAAAAAUAUGGCAAAAGAAUUUUCAUCUUUGGCUGUAACCAGACCAAAAGAACCCCUUGGUGUUUAUGAUAUUCCUCCACAAGUUACAAGAGACUCGGUAAUUUCAUCUAAAUCUGAUUCUUCUGAUAGUAAUGAGGGAAAUAAUCGUUUGUCCACAUGUAGUACGGAUUCUCGAGGCUCAGAUAUACCAAUCUAUGAUGAAUUGCCUCUAGAAUUGGAUGCUGCAAAUGAUUUAGUAAUAAAGCUGCAACAAGAUGUUCAGAAGUCAGUGAAUAAGUUUAGUACUUUUGUGCAUAGUUCAUGGAGAAAGAAAGAAAAUUUAGAACUGAAAUUGUACGAUAUAAAAACAGCAUGUAUAAGUGUUGAGGAAAAACUUGGUGAGUUUGUAGAGUUUGGACAAGGUACUUUAGCAAACUCUGCAAAGCUGUCAGAUCGUAAGUUAAUUAACAAGCUAAGCAAGUAUCUGAUUCCACUUCAGCAAGCACUUCAGCAAAUGAGAGUAUCAAUUAAACAUCUAGAUGAUGUUGAUUGGCGAGUUUCAAAGUUAAAUGCUGGUGAAUCACCAAAAAAGGAUGAUUUAGGAAUAAUUGCUGCCUUAAAUAAAGAUCUUACUCAUGAUGUACGUAAGCUUGCCUCAUUUAUACAAGGCAAUUCUUCUUUGCUUUUUAAACGUGCCAAAGACUUUAAUAGAAGCUCAAGAAACUCGGACCAUUCCAUGCCAUCUACUCCAGUAGGGAAACCACCAAUAAAUCGUAAACCAGCAUUACCUGCUAAGCUGAAUAUCGGGACCCCUGUGCAGGCUCGACCACUUCCUGCACCUCCCCCGACUGAAAGACCAUUACCUCCAACACCAACUGAUAAAAAGUCGCAGGAGUUUGGGUUCAGUGGACCAGAUAUGAAAAGACUUUCUGGGGAUUUUUCAAGCAAAAGAAAUUCAGGAGAGUUUAAAAAUUGGUCAGGUGAAAUUCAGGUGAAAAGAUUAUCUGUUGACCGAUACUCUGAAAGUGACAGAAGUUCUUACAAAGCAGAAGAUCUGAUUCAAGAAUAUGAUUAUGUUGAAUUAGAAGAAGAUAAAGCAGAUAACAAUGAGAAAUCUCAUUCUGUUAAUAAAUCAACAGCUGACUUCAAUGAUAAUAUGAAAGGACCUAUUGAAAAAGUGAAUGAUUCUUAUGAGAAGGAAAUGGAAAAAACAUUGGAUGAAAUUGAUGGAGUAAAUAUAUACUCUGAUGAAUCUGGAGGUACUCUGAAGAGGGAUAUGACCCUCAAAGACGUUGAAAACUUUGAAAAUGUUCAAAAUGACACUGAAUCGGAGCAUGACACUGGAACUCUAAAGAGAAAAACUGACAGUGAAAAUAGUGUUGAAAGUAGCACAGGUACUUUGAAAAGUUCUGAAAAGGAAGCAGAAGAAAAUAGAGUUGUAAACGAGAGUCAGCCUGAAGUAACAGAUGUACCCGAGCGUGAUAAUGAACCUAAAAAACUUCAGCCUCUUGAUUUUGAGGAUAAACAGGUGUUAGCGUUCUAUGCGGAGCAGCUUGACACUCAUUCAACGCUUCUAACGAACUCUAUAGAUGCUUUCUUUGCAUGUAUUGAGAACAAUGAAGCCCCUAAAGUGUUCAUUUCUCACAGUAAAUUUGUGGUCGUUUCAGCACACAAACUUGUAUAUAUUGGUGAUAGUUUACAUAGAAACAUGAAACAUGAUGUUGUGCGUAGUAAAAUUAUUCAGUGUGCAAAUAUUUUAUGUGACAAUUUGAAAUCAACUGUAACAGCAACGAAGACUGCAGCAUUGCAGUACCCGUCCGUACCAGCGGUUCAGGAAAUGGUUGACAAAGUUGUUGAUGUCUCGCAUUCAGCGCGGAACUUAAAAAUGCUUGUUGCACAGGCUUCAAAACUGUAGAGUAGUGCUAUAUUGUGUAUUUUUCAUCUUCAUAUUUAAAAAAAACUGUUAGUUAUUCAUUAAUUUGAUUAAUGAUUUUUGUUUUGCACAGCCAUUAAAUAAUGUAAAGUUAAACUUUGUGCAUUGUAUUUAAUUACAUAUUUCUUGUAACAUAAAAUAUCGCUGUGAUCCAAAGAUUUAUUUUUUAUUGUGCCAUGUGUUGUAAACAUGUCAGUUAUGUUAUUUACGAUGUAUAUAAAACUUGUCAUAUUAGUUUCAUGUACAUAUAGAAUCAGAUUGUUGGGAAGUCAUAAAUCUGUAAUUUUGAAUGUUCUCUUCAUAUGAAAGGCUUCAGGUGUUAUAUAAUGUAACUAGGUAAAAAUGCCAAUUUCUUUAUUAUUUUAACAAACUUCUUAUUAUCGUAACAAAUAUUCUUCAUGCAAUUAAAUAAGCAAAAUAAUCAUUGAAAACAAUCAUGUAAAAAAAUUACUUUCAAUUAAUAUUGAUUAAUAUAUGUUGCAAAAGAAUUUUCUCUUAUUUUUGUUCUAAUAAAUAUUUCACAGUAAGAGUCCUGCCAUUGUUUUGUUGUUUUUUUUUCUUUGUGUCACUCUGUUGGUGAAGCUAACCAGAAAACAAGAGAUGAUUUUAUAGGAUUUUUUUUUCUCCAUCAUAGAACAAAGAAGUGGAUAACAUUAAAUGUAAUAGAGCUUUCUAUGUUUUCUGUCAAGCAAUGAACUAUUGUCAUUAUACAAAGUGAAUUAGAAUGAAAUUCUACAUUUUUUUUUCAUUUUCCACUUUUUAAAUUAAUUAUUUUGUUUUAUAUAAAGGUCAUAUAAGGGAUAUUUGUGUGUGUAAACAUGCCUCUAUAUUAUCCAAUUUCCUACAAUAUAAUAUAUAUAUCUUAUUUAUGCUGUUUCUUGAUAUAAGUAUAAACCUGAAAAAAAUAAAUAUGUUAAGGUAACAUUUUGUUUAAAUUUAGACCUUAUUGCUUGCAAAGUCAAAUGAAAUUGUGACAAAUAACUAUUUCUUUGAUAUUACAUAAACAACAAAAGGUUGUUGAUGGCUUGUGUAAGUUUAAUAAUAAAAUUUGAAGAACAUAAUAUUAAAGAAGGAUUUUCAUAGUCAUUGAAAAGUUUGUUUUUUUUUUUCAGAAAAAAAAUGCAUGUAUCCUAUGGUAACUUGUAAAAAUGAGGCAUAAAUGUUAGAGUGAAAGGACAAUAGUUUAUAUUGUUUAUUAUCAUACCACACUAUACUCUUUUUUUGUUACUUGCCUUAAAUGUCACUACAGUGGUUUAUCUCAUAUAUUUUCAUUUCACAUUUUGACAUGACCUUUAAAAGGUUACAUACAUCUUUUUAGACAUAUGCAACAAUUUUUUUGUACAUUCAAAAUGGUUGUUCACUGAACUUAUCUGGUACCAUUAAUACUUUUUCAUCUUUUCUUUCUUUUUCUGUGUUCAGUUACUGUCUAUAUUUAAGCCAUCUGUCAAUAUUUUUUACCAAACUUUUCUCUUUUUUUUUGGCCAAAAAAAAAAUAUAAUGAUUAGAUUAUACUUGAAUAUAUAUAGCUAAAAGUAUCACAUUGAUCAAAUUUUGACUCAUUUACUGAGAUAACAAUUUUAUUUAAAAGAUGUACACCUGCCAUGUUUGUUGUUUGGGGGCUUUUUUGUUGUUUUAAAGAUUGUUUGGAUGAAACUAUAAAGAAACUUUUUUUCAAUAAAACCAUUUAUUUCUAUUAUUUAUACAAAAUUUAUUGCAACU